AUGGGAGGGGAACGAAAUGGACGUGUUCAAAUGGAGAAGACAAUUGGCUUGGUACAAGGCAUCAACGUCAUAAUCGGUUCAAUGAUUGGUUCUGGCAUUUUUGUCAGUCCAACUGGUAUUCUUGCAAGCGUGAGAAGUGUGGGAGCUAGCCUAAUUCUUUGGGUGGCAUGUGGUCUCUUCUCGCUGCUAGGUGCCUACUGUUAUGCGGAGUUGGGCACGCUCAUCCAUCGCUCGGGUGCCGAUUACGCAUACAUCCUCGAGGCAUUUGGUCCCUUCUUUGGCUUCUUACGUAUGUGGGUUGAAGUUAUCGUUGUUCGGCCGGCUACAAUUGCUGUUAUUGCGAUGACCUUUUCCAAGUAUAUUCUUCAGCCAAUUUUUCCCGACUGUCAACAACCGGACAUGGCCGUUAGGCUUCUUGGUGCCGCCUGUAUUCUUAUCAUCACUUACAUAAACUGCUAUUCCACUCGGUUGUCUACUCGCGUACAGGAUAUCUUUACCUAUGGCAAACUCCUCGCGAUUGGCAUGAUUAUUAUCACCGGAUUUGUUCAAAUAGGUUUUGGUCGUGUGGAGGCAUUUGAAAAUGCCUUUGAAGGGUCGGAUUGGAGUUUGGGAAGCAUCGCAACAGGUUUCUAUUCGGGUCUGUUCGCGUUUGCUGGCUGGAACUACUUAAACUGUAUGAUUGAAGAAAUGAAGAAUCCCAAGCGUGAUCUGCCCAUUGCGAUUGUGUUUUCCUGCCUUGUCGUGACCGCAGCCUACACACUUUGCAAUGUUGCAUACUUCACCACCGUUGAUGUUCACGAGAUCCUCACCACGCCUGCUGUUGCUGUUACAUUUGCUCAGCGGUUGUACAGCCACGGUUGGUGGAUCAUGUCAAUUUUCGUGGCUCUCUCAACAUUCGGGGGUGUUAAUGGUGCCAUGUUGACCACCUCGCGUAUAUUCUUUGUGGCUGGAGAAGAGAAGCAGAUGCCUCGCAUUAUGGCCUUUCUUCACAUUCACAAACUCACACCCCUGCCUGCCGUUGUCUUUACGGCCUUUUUCUCGUUAUUAUACCUCUCAGUCACUAAUUUGUACGUGUUAAUGAACUACUUGGGCUUUGUACAAUGGUUGGCCAUCUCUCUUUCCGUACUAAUCGUUAUCAUCUUUCGUAUCACUCGGAAAAAUGCCAUUCGCCCUGUUCGAGCCCCAAUAUUGUUCCCUAUUAUCUACGUUGGGAUGAGCGCCUUUCUGAUAAUUUUCUCCUUCAUUGGCGCCCCUAUGGAGUCGUUAUAUGGAUGUGCUAUUAUUGCCACAGGCAUUCCUGUUUACCUUUUGGGCAUAACUUGGUCACCCAAACCCGCUUUCUUCCAAAGGAGAGUCGAUGCAAUGACCAUCGGGGCUCAAAAGGCUCUUCAACUGGCCCCCCAAGAUUAA